GACGAACCGACCAAUCACAGCGGCUCUUACGCUUGGCGCUUCAGGAAGUGGCUGGCAGAACCUAGGAGUGGUGUAUUCUCGUAGUGGACGGCGGCCCCGCCCAGUGGGCCCCUCCCAUAUGACAGCUGCGGUUGUCAGAGCAGUCAUAUGACUAGUUCAGAGAUGGAGUGCUGGAGCUAGGCACGGGGUGCCAGGGAAGUGCCAGGCUUUCUAUGCCAGGCAUUGACUACUGCUGCUGGGUUGUUGUUUUUGGUGCAAAAUGCCACCGACUCUGUUCCAGAAGCUUUUCAAUAAGAGGAGCGGCCAGCUGUCCCCUAGCCGGGACCCCAGAGAGGACUAUGGCUACAGCUGGCCAUCAUAUGAAUUUGACCCAAGCCAGAUCCGCCUGGUCGUCUACCAGGACUGUGAGAAGAGAGGACGGAAUGUCUUGUUUGACUCUAGUGCCAAACGCAAGACAGAAGAUCUGUCGGUGUCGAAACUCGUGAGCGACGCUCCAGUGCGGGUGUUUGGAAAGUGUUGCCAGCUCAGACCUGGAGGAGACAGCUCAACCUCUCUGGACAGUUCAGUUAGUUCACUGGCUUCUGACACUAAAGAACAAUGUCCAAAGUACCAGAGCUCUCGAUGUCCCUCAGAUGCCAAUAUGCUUGGAGAAAUGAUGUUUGGUUCUGUAGCCAUGAGUUACAAAGGCUCCACUCUAAAAAUUCACCAGAUGCGCUCCCCUCCCCAGCUCAUGCUGAGCAAAGUCUUUACUGCACGGACAGGGAGCAGCAUCUACGGGAGCCUAAACACACUGCAGGAUAGUUUUGAGAACAUAAGUCAUGAUAACACAGUGAGAGCUGAGAACAGCAGCAUCAUGAAUGGUCUACUUGGGAACAUAGGUCUGUCUCAGCUCUGCAGCCCCAGAAGGGCAUUCUCUGAGCAGGGCCCGCUCCGACUCAUCCGGAGUGCUUCUUUCUUUGCAGUCCAUAGCAAUCCCAUGGAUAUGCCAGGCCGAGGGUUUAAUGAUGACCGGGACAGUGGCAUAGCAAGAUCAGCUUCUCUGAGUAGUCUCCUGAUCACUCCAUUCCCAUCACCAAGCUCAUCACUUAAUAGCAGCUGUGCCAGCAGCUACCAGAGACGCUGGCGUCGUAGCCAAACUACCAGCUUGGAAAAUGGCGUUUUCCCGCGAUGGUCUGUAGAGGAAAGCUUUAACAUGUCUGAUGAGAGCUGUGGACCCAACCUAGGUGUUACCCGCAAGAAGAAGAUCGCCAUUGGUGUCAUAUUCUCCUUGUCAAGGGAUGAGGAGGAGACCAGCAAGUUUCACGAGUUCUUUUUUUCUCAUUUUCCUCUUUUUGAGAGUCAUAUGAACAAGCUGAAGAGCGCCAUAGAGCAGGCCAUGAAAAUGAGCCGCAGAUCAGCGGACACCAGUCAGAGGAGCCUGGCGUACAAUAAAAUAGUGGACGCUCUUAAUGAGUUCAGGACAACCAUCUGUAACCUGUACACCAUGCCUCGGAUAUCGGAACCUGUGUGGUUAACGAUGAUGUCUGGGUCACCAGAGAAGAAUCACCUAUGCCAGCGGUUUAUGAAGGAGUUUGCCUUCCUGAUGGAAUACACCUCCAAAAACCAGUUCCUUUCAGCUCUUCUCACCGCUGUCCUCACAAAUCACCUGGCAUGGGUCCCUACUGUGAUGCCCAAUGGACAACCACCCAUUAAAAUCUUCCUUGAAAAACACUCAUCACAAAGUGUAGACAUGCUGGCAAAGACUCAUCCAUAUAACCCUCUAUGGGCACAGCUGGGAGAUUUAUAUGGAGCUAUUGGGUCUCCAGUGCGGUCAUCACGAACGGUUGUUGUAGGCAAGAGGCAAGAUCUCGUGCAGAGGUUGCUCUAUUUUCUUACCUACUUCAUCAGAUGUUCUGAACUUCAAGAAACCCACCUCCUGGAGAGUGGGGAAGAUGAAGCCAUUGUCAUGCCUGGCACAGUCAUCACCACCAUGCUGCAGAAAGGAGAGGUGGAGGAAACAGACUAUGUGCUGAUCACAAUGCACAAGAAUAAGGGAUGUUUGCUGAGCAGUGAGUCAGAGGUAAUGCGGACUUCUGAAAAUAAGUGUCAGUGUUGCCAGUGUCCCCUCACUGACCAACAAAACAACGACUUGCUUCAAGAAAACAAUCCAAAGAAUUCUUUUUCAGAGGCAGUGGAGGCAAGUAAAGAUGGGAGCCAGUUAGUUUCUCAAUCAUCCAGCCAAGAGGAAGCCGGUUACACUGAAGUCUAUAAGGAUAUGUCAAGAACUUGUCUGGACACCAAGGUAGAAACGGUCAUUAACAUUGGGGCAGCUCCAUUGGACAAAUGUGUCUUGGCAGUGGGGAGUCUUGAGCCAGCAGUGCAGGGCUUGGAAAAUGAAAAACUACAGGAUGAAGGCCUGACUAUCAAAGGCACGAGAACUAGUGAAAUUGGUAUAGAGAAGAAACCCCCUGACAAGUCUGCUGCUGUGCCUUGUGACUCUGGCCAUCUUCUGAACAAGGUAAAAUUUCAGAUUGGCGAUUCUAUGUCACCUGACUCUGAUAUUGAGAUAAAAAUCCAAAAUGUAGCAGAUCAGAUGCAGAAGCAUCAGCUUAAUCCAGUGCAGGAACAGAGGACACUUUCUGAUCACCAGUUCAGUGUGGCAAAGCCAAAUACUGAGGACCAAAAAGCUGGUGGCUCAUCUGAAAAGCUUUCCCGGGUGGCAAGCAAAAUCCAGAACUGGAAUCCUUUUCAUCCUGAAAACAUUAGCAUGUUUGAUGAGUAUUUUCCAGAAGAUGGUUCUAUUGAGGCAAAGAUCAUUGAAGAAAUUCCAGAAGGAGACGCAAAAAAGUCUGAUCAUGACAGCGACUCUGGGUGCUCAAAAAAACUUUGUGAAGCAAAUGAACCAGCUUCUGGUGUAACAAAUUCAGUUCUUCCGAAUUUAUGCAAAAACUGCUUUGCUGAGCAGGACCAAAGAGACAAAGUCUCUGUAUCUGUCCCCCAUGGGGAUAAAGAAAAAUCUGACAGUAGUUGCAAAGUUGCAGUGGGCACUGACUGGGACAUACCGAGGAACGAGAGCUCAGACAGUGCCCUGGGUGACAGUGAAAGUGAGGAUACAGGCCACGAGCUUCUCACACCAAGUAUCAACUACUACGGGGCCGAGCAAGAAGAAUGGAUGGAAGAGGAGGAAAUACAGUUUCCAGGAUCAAAACUGGUGGAAGUCAAUUCGGUAAAGCCCAAUAUAGCUAACUUUGGGAGAUCCCUGUUAGCUGGCUAUUGCUCAUCCUACGUACCAGACUUUGUUCUGCAAGGAAUAGGAAGUGAGGAGAAGUUAAGGCAGUGCCUGAUGUCAGACCUGUCGCACGCUGUACAGCAUCCAGUUUUGGAUGAACCCAUCGCAGAGGCUGUCUGCAUUAUUGCAGACGUGGAAAAAUGGUCAGUACAAGUGGCCAGUAGUCAGAGGAGGACGACUGAUAACAAGUUAGGCAAGGAGGUGCUGGUAUCCAGCCUGGUCUCCAGCCUUCUUCAUUCCACCCUCCAGCUUUAUAAACACAACUUAUCAGCAAACUUUUGCAUCAUGCACCUGGAAGACAGACUGCAAGAGCUGUACUUCAAAAGCCGUAUGCUUUCCGAAUAUCUAAAAGGACAAACCAGAGUUCAUGUGAAGGAGCUCAGCAUGGUGUUAGGAAUCGAAUCCAGUGAUCUUCCGUUACUUGCUGCAAUUGCCAGCACUCACUCUCCGUACGUUGCACAAAUCCUCCUGUAAAAGAGAAUAUGGAAUUGCCCCAUGAGCUAGAAUGGGGAGAGGACGAUGUCUUAUUGCAGUAUUUUGUAAUAGCAGUUUAAUAGACUCCACGUGUAGUAUUUCAGGAAGAUAAUCACAUUGCAGGAGAUUUUCCUCCCAUCUUUUCUAGAUGGGAGUCAAAAUGGAAGGAAGACAGAACUUCUCGAUCAUGAGAAAUAAAAGGCGUACAUUUAUGGGUCCUUAUUACAGCAGCAUUUCAGACGCUUCUAAAGACUUUGGAAACAUUUUCUUCCUCUUUGUAACUUUGUAUGAACUUUUUAAAAAUCAUUUUUGUAAAUAGGGUGAACAAAUGUUAAGAGUGACUUUGAAUGGCUGCUUCUUAUAGUAUGAAUCUCCCUUUUAUGUAACAAGCUUCCCUUCCUGGCGGAGCAGAAAAAUAUUACUCUAGAUAAACAGUUGUCCCUGAUUUAGCAAGAUGUCACCAAAAAAUGUGCAAGGUCUGAUGUAAUCUUGGAAAGGUAAGAAGUGUUGCAGCUUUACAGACAACAUAUAUGAUAUAACCAUGUGUAACACAGUACAGCAAUAGGAUUCCUGUGCAGGGGACUGAACUUCAGAGGUGGCUCUUUACUAUGAGCCGAGUCCUCAUGUUAACACUACUUCUUAAAAUGAAUCUUUCUCCUCCAUAACAAGGGGCGGCCAUAUUGUGGGCAGAACAUCAAUUCAUGGAAAUGUUGCGUGUGCGUUUGUCAAUAAUGGCCUUUUCCAGUAUAUGUUAAUUUGUAUGUAUUAUUAUUUCUCCAUUACACAGGAAGAACCUAAAAGAUGUUCCUGUCGCCUCUCCCAAUGUGUCUGCUUCAGUUUAGUUUUCCUCCUGGAGUACAUUUAUAAUCGGGUCUUACCACUCUUCUUAAUAAGGUGUGACUUAACGCACUUACACUGUCCACAGUGAUCAGGCAGUGCUGCACUAGGUUGGGACACGUCCACAUAGACCAGGGGAAUAGGAACACCUAGUUGUACAUGUAUUCAUAAAUUUCCAGUAGGGCUGCACCAUAUGGGGAAAAUGUGCGAAUGUGAUUAUGGGCCUAAAUAUUGCGAUUUUGAUAUGCAAUGCGAUAUAAUAAAUGAACAGUCAAAUCCCCCCAUUUUACGUCAAUCUUCUCCAUUUUACAUCUAUCCACCUAAUUUAUGCCCUCCUCCCAUCUCACAUCUCCCC